UCUCUGGGAUAGUUUGUUAUUAGUUGUCCCUUUUGUGGGAUCCUGAGACAGAAACUCAACAGAUCAGCUCCUAACUAACCCGGUCUUCUCUCUGACGCAAACUGAUUUGCCUUCAGAUUCAAUUUGUGGACAACUUAGAGCUUUUAAUUUGGGGAAAGUUUCCCAGUUUCUUCAAACCUGUAAAUGUGUGGGAAAAAUGCAAAAAUGAAGUGCUGUUAGCUGCUGCUGCCCAUUGAAAAACAGAAGAGAGACGUCUGCGACAGAUUCUCCCAGAUGUUCAGGGCAUUCAUGGAUCAAACGCUGACGAUAGUUCUGACACUCUUACUCUUACGGUGCCUGGACACACAAGACACUAGAGGUCAGAUGGUCGGAGCCCAUGAUACAAACAAGCAGUCGUCACGCUCCCCUAAUGCAAAAGCAAGUCGUUGCUCCUACACCUUCAUUGUUCCACAGCAGAAACUGACUGGGGCUCUUUGUUUGAACACACACUCCUCUUCGCCAAACCGCUCUGAGGUGGCGCAGCUGCAGGCAGAGCUCAAACAGCAGCAGGAGCAGCUGAGGAAGCUCCAGCACCAACUGGAGCAGGAAGACUCUCUUGUUAUGGAGGUGAGAGCCCUGCGCAAGGAGAGCAACAGCAUGAAUACUCGCAUUGCCCAGCUCUAUGCCCAGCUGCUACAGGAAGUCAUCCACAAGAAGGACCAGGUUUUGGAGCAGCAACGGGUGGAGAACCUCCUUCUAAAUGCUACAACACAGGCAUUAGAGGUGUCCAGUAAUUACAGGGAACUGGAGAAGAAAUAUGGAGCCCUCACCUCCACGAUAAGCUCCCAGAAUCAGUUCAUCAGCCGGCUGGAGAAGCAGUGCCAGUGCAAGGAUUCCAGCAAGCCCUCUCUGGUGAUGACGGAAGCAACAGACAGCCGGUCUAAAGAGCAUCAUAAUUACAGCUCUGAAGUCAACAAAGGGCCCAACGAUGUUCAAAGGGACCAAAGUGCCACCUCACUGCAAACAAAACCAGAGGAAGCUCACCCCAGAGCUCCGACUGAAACGCCUUUUGUUAGCUUCCUUGCCACAAAAUCUCCAGGACCAUGGCGGGAUUGCCAGCAUGUUCUGGACUCAGGAGAGACUACCAGUGGGAUCUAUCUGAUCCGCCCUGCAAACACCAACCGUCUCCUGCAGGCCUGGUGUGAGCAGAGUCAUGAGCAGGGAGGGUGGACUGUCAUCCAGAGGAGACAGGAUGGAUCAGUCAACUUCUUCAGGACAUGGGAGCAGUACAAGCAAGGCUUUGGGAACCUGAAUGGGGAGUACUGGCUCGGUCUGGAACACCUCUACUGGCUCUCUAAGCAGAGCAAAUACAAGCUGCGCGUGGCCCUGGAGGACUGGCAGGGUCGACAAGUGUUUGCGGAGUAUGACAGCUUCCACCUGGAACCGGAGAGCGACUGGUACCGCCUGCGUUUGGGUCAAUACCAGGGCAACGCUGGGGACUCUUUCUCAUGGCACAACAACAAGGCCUUUACAACUCUGGAUCGAGACAAGGACAGCUACACGGGUAACUGUGCUCACUACCAGAAAGGAGGCUGGUGGUACCACAUGUGCGCCCACUCUAAUCUGAAUGGUGUGUGGUAUCGAGGCGGACACUACCGAAGCCGCUUUCAGGACGGGGUGUACUGGGCAGAGUUCCACGGAGGCUCCUACUCGCUGAAAAAAGUUUCCAUGAUGAUUAAACCCACAUAGCUACAUCACUGCAUGCAUGAAAGAAGCAUAUCAACCCAGGCAUGGACACCACAAAGGGCCAUGUGGAUCAAAAUGUUUUGUGUGUCUGCAUCAUAAAUAAAAUGUUUAAACUUGAAA